UUUAUCACAGAACUUGUUGGAAGUUGUUCCUACCAUGAUGGUUGGCCACCUCGGUGAGCUUUCUCUCUCUAGCUCCGCUAUCGCCGUCUCUCUCGCCAGCGUCUCCGGCUUCAGCCGUCUCGUUUUUCCUGCCUCAUUGAGAGAGUAGGGCAGCAUCCACAGUGGCCUCGUCUAUCUGACACCUGUCCAUGGAUGCGAACAUUUUGGUCAAGUGAACCAAGUAUACCUUACUUCACAAAAUGAAAUACUAUACAAAGAAAAGGGUGCAGUUUAUGCAGUUAGGGAUGGCUUGUGCUUUGGAAACUCUAUGUGGGCAGGCAUAUGGAGCUCAACAAUACCAAAAACUUGGAACUCAAACUUACACUGCUAUCUUCUCCCUAGUCAUAUUUUGUCUUCCUCUCUCCAUAUUAUGGAUUUUUAUGGGAAAAAUACUCAUUUUCAUAGGCCAAGACCCUUUAAUUUCACAUGAAGCCGGUAAAUUCAUAACUUGGCUUGUUCCCGCCCUCUUUGCUUAUGCAAUUCUUCAACCGCUUGUUCGAUACUUCCAAAUGCAAAGUUUGACACUUCCCAUUCUUAUAAGCUCAUGUGCCGCUCUUGCUUUUCACAUACCUCUUUGUUGGGUUCUAGUGUUUAAAUCCGGAUUGGAUAACCUUGGAGGUGCAUUAGCAAUUGAUAUUUCGAUUUGGUUGAACGUGAUCUUCCUCGUAUUGUACAUGAAGUACUCUUCUUCUUGUGAAAAAACUCGGGUCCCAAUUUCCAUGGAGGUGUUACGGGGAGUUGGCGAGUUCUUCAGUUUUGCCAUUCCCUCCGCUGUUAUGAUUUGUCUUGCAUGGUGGUCAUUUGAGCUGCUUAUCUUGCUUUCUGGGCUUUUACCAAAUCCACAGCUUGAAACUUCUGUAUUGUCUGUAUGUCUCAAUACCAUUGCAACGCUCUAUGCAAUACCCUAUGGAUUCAGUGCUGCCGUGAGCACUAGAGUUUCAAAUGAAUUAGGAGCUGGGAAUCCACAAGGGGCUCGUGUAGCUGUAUUUGCCGUAAUGUUCCUUGCAGUCGUAGAGACUACAGUAGUGAGUGCAACCCUCUUUGCCUGUAGGCGCGUCUUUGGCUACACCUUCAGCAAUGAGAAAGAAGUCGUGGAUUAUGUCACGGCCAUGGCUCCUCUGGUUUGCUUAUCGGUUAUCAUAGAUAGCAUACAAGGAGUUCUCUCAGGUGUUGCUAGGGGAAGUGGGUGGCAACAUAUAGGGGCAUAUGUUAACCUUGGGGCAUUUUAUCUUUGUGGAAUUCCAAUUGCUGCCAUAUUGGCUUUUUGGGUACAAUUAAGAGGAAAAGGCUUGUGGAUUGGAAUACAAGCUGGUGCUUUUGUUCAAACAAUCAUGCUCGCUAUAAUAACAAGAAGUACAAAUUGGGAUAAACAAGCAACUCAAGCAAGACAGAGGAUAUUUGAUAGAAAAUCUUCAACAGAUGAUGGAUUAAAGUGAAUGUUGAUAUACUGCAAUUGAUGAAUUACUAGUCUUUUAUAUCAUUAAAUUAAAGGAACCGACACCAAAUUAAGAAAUGGGAUUUAUAGCCCAAUUCUUCAAAACAAAAAAAAAACAAAAAAAAAUUCUCUUUCGAUAUUUUGAACUUGGAGUUGUUUAC